AUGAGCCCUCGAGCAGGUGAAGGGUCGGAGGCCCCGACAGAGGAGACACAUGGAUUGAGAAGGAUGGUGUCGAGGAUGCGGCUGGCGUUGAGGAAGAGUAAAAGUGCCAGUCGACUCUCCCUCUCGUCCAAGCCUGCGAAUAACUCUAGUCGACUCUCCCUCUCCAAGGCCGCGAUUCCUGCAACCGCUUCGGCCUCUGUUGAACAAAGGGAACCUAUACCACCCGUCCCUGCUCCGCCGCCGAUGAUCGAGGCACCCGUUGAAGCAACUGUCGAAGCACCCGUCGAGAAACCAGUCGAAAAACCCGUCGAGCAAACAGUCGCACCCGAAGGACCUCCACCCACGAGGCUCCUGAGAUCACAGAUGCAGAUUGAACGCGCGCGGAAACUGGUCGAGCGCUUCGACCUCAACCUCUCAACCGACGACUUUAUCUCGGUCAGUCUCGACAGGGAAGCCUUUCGUGUCGAGAAACCAAUCCGGAUGCGCAUCCACAGGACGUGCCACAAAUGCAAUACAAUGUUUGGGGGAAACAAAAAGUGUGUUACAUGUCAGCAUAAAAGAUGCUCCAAAUGUCCCAGAUACCCGCCACUCAAAACCGACGAUGCUGCGCAGGAAAAGGAGAGAUUGGAAGAACUCCUAGCACCAGACGAAAAUGUGACAGACGACUAUCAGAGCCUGCAGAGCCUGCGAGAGCAGAUGGUCUGGACAAGACCUAGGAGGACUAGCGGUCAGCCAUUAGUGAAGAAGAAGCCAGUACAGCGAGUGCGGAGGACAUGUCACGUUUGCCUGACGCUCUUUAACACAGGGAGCUAUGUAUGCGCGAAUUGCCAACAUCGUCGUUGUGCAGACUGUCCCAGAGAUCCACGCAAGAAAUCAAAAUAUCCCGAUGGCUACCCAGGCGAUAUGCCAUCAUCCACAUCCACAGCCCCUAUCAAAUACGCAUGCCAUGAAUGCGGCAGGACCUUCGCUCCCGUCCCUCAUCCAAAUAGCCCCGAAGGCGAGGCUUUGGGCGAUAGAAUCGAACCAUUAGAAUGCACUCGCUGCGGCCACUUCAGAUGCGCCGACUGUCCUCGCGCCCAGCCGCGAAAAGUAGACCGAGCAGAUCGCGAAGCUGCGAGGAACGCAAAUAAGGAUCUCACAGCCUUCCGACUCAAUCUGCUACUAGACCACGACUCCGAAUCAGCAUGCAGCGACGCAGAAGCUGCCAGCUGGCAAACCCCGAACCAGCCAGGAGGCUGA